GAAGAAAAAGAAGAGGCAGCCACAGCGGGCGGCGAACCCGGAGGUGGCCGGCCGGCAGCGGCCGGAGACGCCGAAUGUCGCGGCUGUGGGAAAUUCGCCGCCGCCUACCUCUGCUCACAACGCAAUGCCGACCGCGCGACCGCCGCCGUCGUCGAACCCCCCGCCCUCGUCGCGCGCGGCGGGCAAGCAGCCCAUGUCCUAUGCUGCCCCUGCCCCCGCCGCCAACCCUCCUCCCAGCCGCCGCGCCGCCUCCAAGGCCCCCAUUACCUCCCACGCGUACCAACAUAAUCACACCCAUCACCACCCAUCGCCUCCAUCUUCGAACGCCUCCGCACCUCACAAACCGCGCCCACCAGCGAAUGGAACAGGAGGGGGAGGCCCGGCAAAAAACAACAAGAUAUGGAGCACGAGUACGACCGAGGAGCGCGAGCGCAUCAAGGAGUUCUGGCUUGGGCUGGGGGAAGAGGAGCGCCGAAGUCUCGUGAAAAUCGAGAAAGAGGCCGUCCUCAAGAAGAUGAAGGAGCAGCAGAAGCACAGCUGUAGCUGUGCCGUCUGCGGUAGGAAGCGGAGUGCAAUAGAGGAAGAGCUGGAGCGCUACAUCUCCUCUGGCGGCACACUUCCUCCUCCGCAAGGCCCAGGACCGUUCCCAGGCAGCGUCGAGCUUGACAAGAACGGCGUCGUCAUUGAUCCCCAUGCCCCCGCCCAUCCCGCCACACGCCCGAAAGGCGCUGUCAUGACUAAUGGUCGCAAGCCCGUCAAGCCGCCCGAGAGCGAGUUUGACGAGGACGACGGUGAGGAGGACGAGUAUGAGGAGGAGGAAUAUGACGAUGAGGAGGACGAGGAAGAGGAGGAUGAGGAGGACGAAGAGGAGCCAGAUGCGGAGGACGAGGACGAUGCCAAGCCACAACCUGAUCGGCGGGCAGCGCCCAACCGGCGGCGUCCCAUGCCCAAUGGGACAAAGGCGAACGGUCGCGACGGGCUGGGCAACUUCGGCAAUAGCCUCACCGUCACAGGAGCAGGUAACAUCCUCACCGUGGCUGAUGACCUGCUGAAGAACGACGGCCAGAAGUUUCUCGAGAUGAUGGAGCAGCUGGCUGAGCGGCGGAUGCAGCGCGAGGAUGAGGCCGUACAGGACGUCGAGGAUGAGAGUGAGGACGAGGAUGACGAGGAGGGUGAUGAGGAAGAUGACGAGGACGACGAGGAUGACGAAGAUGAGGAUGAGGAGGAGGUGAUGACCGAGGAGCAGAAGAUGGAAGAGGGCAAGCGGAUGUUCUCUAUCUUUGCUGCACGGAUGUUCGAGCAGCGGGUGCUCCAGGCGUACCGCGAAAAGGUCGCCCAGGAACGCCAAUUGCAACUCCUCCGCGAACUCGACGAGGAGGACAAGAAUAGCAAAGAACGGGAGGCCAAGAAACAGACGCAGAACCAGAAGAAGAAGGAGAAGAAGCGUUUGCAGAAGCUUGCCAAGGACGAAGAGCGCGCGGCGAAAGCGGCCGAGAAGGCAGCCGAGGAGGCGGCACUGAAGGCCAAGCAGGCAGCGCAGGAGGAUGAGCAGCGCAAGAAGCGCGACGAGGAGCGUGCACGCCGUGAAGCUGCGCGGAAAGCGGUUGAGGAGGAGAAACACCGUAAAGAGGAGGAUCGGCGGAAGCGCCUUGCUGAGGAGCGCGAGCGCGAAGCGGAACGGGAACGCAAGCGCAAGGAGCAGGAGGAGAAACGCAAGGCAGAGCGGCGGGCGCAGGAGGAGCGCGAGCGCAAAGCACGCGAGGAGCGCGAGGCCAAGGCAGCCGCCGAGCGCGCCGCUGCAGCUGCUGCGAGGCGUGAACGCGAAGAGAAGGAGCGCAAAGAGCGGGAAGAGCGACUGGCGCGAGAGCGUGAGGAGAAGGAGAAGGCAGAGAAGGAGAAGGCAGAGCGUGAGGCGCGAGAGCGCGAGCGUGCUGCUCAGCAGCAGCAGCAGCGCGCAGCUUCGCGUAAUGCCCGCCCUCCUACUUCACCUCGGAACGCCAGCUCGGCAGGACCUUCUCAGCGGUCACCGAACCACGCUGGGCCGUCCAAGAAGAUUCUCAACAAGCCCGCUCCAACUCAACAAUCCGCCACUCCUGCUCCCGUCAUUCAACCUCCCCGUCCCCAGCAGCCCCGCGUGACAGUCGUGACCAGCCCUCCAGCUCUCCAGCCGAUGCCUGCUCAGGUUCCGAAUCACCUUCCUCCUCAAGGUCCUCCCAUGUUCUCACCCGGUGUGAUGGCGCCUCCUGUGAUGUCUCCGAGAGGACCGUUUACACCGGGUCCUCCCUUCGGCAUGGGCCCUGGCCCUUCGAUGCAGCAAGGUCCACCGCCGCCGCUUGGGCCGUCCGCGAUGCCACGAACCUUCGGGAAUGGCGUACCCUACGACGCGCCAUUUGUCCGGAAUGUCCCUCCACCUGCGCCCAUUGCUCCGCCCUCCGCCAUCGCCCCUCCUCCCAUCGGCCCCCCUGCGCCCAUCGCCCCGCCCAACCGAAAUCCUGCGAAUUCGCUGGCCUCGCCGACACAUCUCACUCCUAGCUCGAGCCGUCUUCCUGCUGCCGAUCCUGGUCCUAUCACACGCCCUGUUGCUCCUAUAGCACCCAUUGCACGACCGUCUGGAGACGCGUCUGGCUCUGGGUCAACGUCACCAAGUCGUCGCUCACCAAGCCCGAAGGGUGUCCUCGGCUCGUCUGCGCUCGCUGCGGAUGAUGACGAAGUUGUUCAGACACCGAGUCGCCGCAUUGUCGCACCUGGCCCGGUGGGUGGAGGCUGGGGAAGUCCCCGCAGCUCCGUUCCCGAUAUGCGUGCGCCUUGGGGGCCUCCUGGACAUCCCGGCUUUGCAUCUACACGUCAGCCUGCUCCCAUUGGACAUCCCAUCUGGACAUCGAACCCUGAGUGGCAUCCUUCGACCCCUUUCUUUGCUAAUGCUUUUACUGCUCACAACCCUUCGCCUCCUCCACACAGUGGUAGUUGAGUGCAUCUUGACGGUCUUUUCUGUUACCCACUUCAUCUCGCAUAUUACCUGCAAUGAUUGUUAUUGACCCGC